GAGUUUCGAGAGCAGCCAGUCAGUCAAGAUGUCGAAGAUCUCAGCGUCAAGCGUACGAGGAUCCAUGAACGAGUUGCUCACUCAGUCAAAGGGUGACAAGAAGCGCAACUUCACCGAGACUGUCGAGCUACAGAUCGGACUGAAGAACUACGAUCCUCAGCGUGACAAGCGUUUUGCGGGCACGCUCAAGCUCCCCCAUGUCCCCCGACCUCGCAUGACCGUCUGCAUUCUUGCCGACGCUGCCGACAUUGAUCGUGCAAAGCAGAUCGAGCUCGAGUACAUGAGCGUCGAUGACUUGAAGAAGAUGAACAAGCAGAAGAAGAUCAUCAAGAAGAUGGCAAAGAAAUACGAUGCUUUCCUCGCCUCCGAAGCGCUCAUCAAGCAGAUCCCUCGUCUGCUCGGCCCCGGUCUCUCCAAGGCCGGCAAGUUCCCUACGCCUGUCUCGCACAACGAAGAUCUCUCGCAGAAGGUGACCGAUGUCAAGUCGACCGUCAAGCUCCAGCUCAAGAAAGUUCUGUGCAUGGCCAUCGCUGUCGGUCACGUCGACAUGACGGACGACCAGCUCGUUGCCAACACAAUGUUGUCAGUCAACUUCCUCGUCUCGCUUCUCAAGAAGGGAUGGCAGAACGUUGGAUCGCUCCAUGUCAAAUCCACAAUGGGACCUCCCCAGCGUAUCUUCUAAGUUGAUACAAAAGAUCAAGGAGAUAAGAGUCCCAUCCGACGCACCAUAAGCACCUCGUACGCUGAUACCCUUAUCGAGCUGGCCUCACCUUGUGCGAACAAGGCGCUGUUCGAUAGAGGGGAGCCGGAUCUCUGUCCAUUGCAUCUUUCGUUGACUCC